UAUAUACUGAAGCAAAAGAGAAGAGAAGAGGAAUAUUAUUCAUAUAUGAACAUGUUGGACUAUGCACAAAAUCUUCCUCAGUGGCUUGUUGCACUUUUGACAGAGAAAUUCUUCAAUGCCUGUAUAAUUCAUGAAGAUGCUAAGAAGAAUGAGAAGAAUGUUUUCUGUUUGGACUGCUGUGAGGGUAUUUGCCCUCAUUGCUUGUCACCUCACCGUUCUCACCGCCUUUUGCAGAUUAGGAGAUAUGUGUAUCAUGAUGUCAUAAGGCUUGGUGAUGCAAAUAAAUUGCUAGACUGUGCUUUUGUUCAAUCUUACACUACAAAUAGUGCAAAAGUGGUAUUUUUAAACCAAAGGCCACAAACAAGGGCUAGUAGAGGCUCAGGUAAUUGUUGCAUCAUCUGUGACAGGGGACUUCAAGAUCCAUUUCUCUUUUGCUCUGUUUCCUGCAAGGUUCAACACAUACUGAAAACAGAGGGCAAACUUACGAAGUAUAUCUAUAGGUGUGAGUACAUGACACUUCCUGAACCGGGUUUAGACGAUGGUCAAAUGACUCCUGAUACCAUUCUUGAACCGAUUGGUUCGGUAAGAACCGAAUCCGGUUCAAGUGGCGGAGCCGCUGAAGAGGUUGGUUGCAGGACGGUUGGAUGCACGGCGACAACAGAGAUUGUAAGGAAGAAACGCAGCACCCUUUCCGCGUUCCGGUCUGUGUUUCGACCGGGUUGUGGACCGGGUUCGGGAAUAUCAGUUUCUAUGAUGAACCGGAGGAAGGGUACGCCUCAGCGAUCUCCACUUUACUAAUUUUGUGUUUUCUUGGAAGAGAAAAAUGGAAGUCGGGAGGGAUAUAAUUGGAAUUUGGAUAGUAUAAUUCAAGGGCAAAUUAGGAAAGAAAAAAAAGUUUAA